UAAUAUCGCGACGCACGCACCUAAAUUCAGUCUGUGUGUCGAGUGGUUGGUUAUGGUUGUUGGGUCACAAGACUAGUAAUAGAAAAUAAAUUGUUUUUAUUAUUGUUUAAAUCGAGUAGUGCUACUAUUUUUGCGUGUCUCUACAUAAAUACCUUCAUAACCAUGGUGUCAUUGAUACCAGAUGUUUGUUUGUGAAUGACGAGUCAAAGUGCAAAACAACUAAUGAAUGAUGCAGUCUAUUUUCUGGACAGGCAGAGUGCUAUCACGUGCUAUAAGGAAUGGGAUCUCAAACCUAUCUAGCUCUGCUGAAUUAAACGUUUCGAGCAAGAAACAUCCAUAUUUAGUAUCAGUUGUGUGUGGAUUUCCCAAAGACAUUGUCAAUGGAAGAACUCGUAAAGGGCAAUUCGGGGACGACGCAUGGUUCUCUUCACAGUUCCACAAUGCGGACGUUAUUGGAGUGGCAGACGGAGUGGGGGGCUGGCGUGCUUACGGAAUUGAUCCCGGGGAAUUCUCCUCCUAUUUAAUGAAGACGUGUGAGAGACUGGUCCAAAUGGGCCAUUUCAAGUUGUCAGAGCCUGCUGACCUCCUAGCCAAGUCAUACUAUGAGCUACUUGAGCACAAGAAGCCUAUACUAGGCAGCAGCACAGCUUGCGUUAUGAUCUUGGAUCGGACAGAGAGCGUGAUGCGCGCGGCCAACAUCGGCGACAGCGGCUACAUGGUCGUACGCGGCGGCCGGGUCGUGCACCGCUCACAUGAACAGCAGCACUACUUCAACACACCCUACCAGCUCAGCCUGCCGCCUCCGGGUCACGACAGGAACGUGCUCAGUGACAGCCCAGAGUCAGCUGACACAUCCGAGUUCCCCGUCGAAUGCGGCGACGUGAUUCUCGUCGCCACCGACGGCGUGUUCGACAACGUGCCCGAGCCAGUGCUACUCGCUGAGAUGCGACGAGCGAAGACUCUCGCUGGCGACUCCCCGCGUCUGCAGGCUGUGGCUAACUCCAUCGCGUGGAUGGCGAGGAAUCUGUCCUUUGACGGCUGCUACAUGUCGCCCUUCGCUAAGAGCGCUAGGCAGAAUGGGAUUGAUGCUAUCGGGGGCAAACCGGACGACAUAACGGUGCUACUGGCGAUCGUAGCCCUAUGAAAAUGUCCUCAAUCGAUUUAGGCACUUGUUCUUUUCAAAACAUAUUACGAAAUUAGUAGGUAUAGUUAUAUUAAACAACGACACCAAAAAUUCGACAUUGUUCUAACUUAGUGACUUAUUUGGACAGGCAUGUCUUUUCAAGUUUGCAGCAUUUUAUGGUGGAUUUCAGCGUGGUUUAAAAGCUUCAAUCGUUCUAAAAUCCCUUUAAACAAAUUCAGAGGGAACCUACUUCAUAAGGCCCCAAAAGUAUCUAAUACUUAGGUAUUCUAUCGCAAUCUAUUCCCACUUGUUAUAAUUUCACUGUACCUAACUACUGAUGUGCUGACGGAAUGUUUUCAAAAUGCGAAAUACCGAUAUCGAAUACUUUCGAUAGCUACUCAUAAUUUUGGAAGGGAACGAAACUAUUCGAUUUUAAAAUCGUUAAAAUUCGAGAAUAUCUGUAACCUUUUGAAAACUUUCCGCCACUUGCUCAUCUGUCAAUAACUGUAACAUUUAUGAAGACGUCGAUUUAGCUGUUGAACCACGCUUAAAUCCUCCGAUUAGGUAAAAUCUAGAAGUGUCUUGUAUUUGGAUAUCCUGUAGAAUAUGGCUGAACCGGCAUCUUGAUGACUAUGUAAAAUUUCGUUGACUCUACUUAAACAAUGACAGCCUUGAACACUAGUCACAUUAUGGUGAUAUUGAGUUGUGUGUGUAAGGAACUGUCAUUUUCUUUGAUCGCUAAAGAAAAUUGAUUGUUUCACCUUGUGUGCUUGAAACAAGCAAAGCAGUUAGUGACGGGUAAUGAUUACGAUGUUGUCGAGAUUUUUCACCACUUUUUAUAAUUCGUUUACUUUGGCUAUUGUGUUUGAUGCCUGUGAUAGCAUCGUGAUGUGCGGAACGAAAGCAAUGAAUCAUGAGUGAAUGUUUUAAAGUUUGAAUGAAGACUGAGAUAGUUUUACGGUCCUUGUUGUUAUUACUGUAGAUUUAAAGGUUAGUCAUCAACCGAACACAUCUAUCGGUUCUGUUUUUUUUUUUACUUUAUAUGUUUAGUGCGUUGUAAAUUAAGUAUUACCAGAUUCCUAAUUUCUGAAUUAUUAAUUCGGAUGCAAACGAAACAAGUUGCAUUUGUAAAUAUUUUGAAAUUUUGCUAAGAAUUUCUCGACAUCAUUAACUAUGUGAGCUGUGAAAAUGUUUUUUCUUUAUAUGGAGUUAUAUGAAUGUUUAUGUACAGGUCAAUUGGUCAAUACAAUUAGUAUCAAUUUAAAGAGCUACUGAUGAUUAGCUUCAGUAGUUUUGCUGGCUGCAAAUGUGAUUAAUUGUUGCUAUUUAAUUCAUUCGUGUACAUGUUGUGACAUAAAUUGUAAAACCAUUUUAAUUUCAUACUCGUUUUUACACAAAUCCAAUGGAAAUGUUCAUUCCGAGUAAUCCGAAUGUGUGAAAAAUAAAAUAUUGUAAAUUU